AGGUCAGCUUGAUAUAAACCAGUUAAUAUCAAAGAAGAUACAAUUGACAGUAGAGGCAGAGGUGAAGAUCUCGAGCCUCUCUAGCAAUUUGUAACUUGGUAUCAUGCUCACCCCAGACAUUACUCAUCUUCAUUGGGCAGUCUUCCCUUGACCUUGAAAGUGAGAACAUUGGACUAGCUAUUUCCAAGGUCCCCUUCUUCUGUACAGUUUUUAUCACAAUUGUGUUGCCAACUUAAAUAUUUACUUCUAGUUCACUAUUUUCUAUUGUAAAAGGAACGAGUAGUCUAUAGAUGCUAUUGGGUAGCUGGUUGUAUUCCACAGAGCUAGAGUUAUCAGAUGAAAAACAGCAUUCCAGGUUAAAUUUGAAGUUCAGAUAAACAACAAAUAGUUCUUUAGUCUUCAUGUAAUAUUUAAGAGAUGCUUAGACUGAAAACAUUCAUUGUUUAUCUGAAGUUCAAAUUUUACUGGGUGUCCUGUAUUUUUAUUUGCUAAAUCUGGUAAAGAACUGUCCAUAAAAUUUUAGAUUUGUAGAUAGGGGAGCUCGUAUUAAAGAGAGAUGUGAAGAAGGUUGUCAAGUAUUGAAUCUGCCCUAAAUAUGAAGGUCAGCAAGACUGAAGUAAGUAGUGACAUUAGUGGGUGGAACUGAGUGAAUCUCUUAAGGUCACUUCCAGGUCUAAAGUGCUGUCAUAAAAAAGUUUUAAGUACUUACUUCUGAUUUGGUGCUAGCAGGGCCUUACAAAAUUGCGUAAUUCUGAGUCAUGAGCUUUUGAAAUCCUUAGAAUUGUGUUGUAACAAGACAUCAGAAGAUCUUGGCAUAGUUCAAGGGAGAUUCGAAUGAUUAAGUCCCAGCUAACUAAAUUAGCUUUGUUUUAACUUUGUGUAGGUUAAAUGGACUCUUUUGGUUGUCAGUAACGAAAUCCUACUUUGGAUACUUAAGCAUAAAGGGAGUGUAUUUGAUAAUAGUUUAUCUCAUAGAACCCUGGGAGAAAUUGAGCACUUUGACUUUGGGAACGAUAAAGACAGGGGAUUUUAGUAGCAAGAGUUCAGAAACUAUCUUGCUGGGUAUUUCUUUUCAGACACUCUGUUUCAAAGCUCAGAAUUUCAGAUUAAUGGAGAGAGAAUCAGAGUCACUUCUUUUGGUCAGAAGGGCAGGGUGAUAUAGUACAGCCUUUGCCUGGCCUCUGGGUGCCUGUCCUCAACUUUGAGGACAAUUUCCAGAGAAAAGUGAAAAUGUGGGGAAACUUCCAAGAAUAGGGAGAGUAUCUUAACUAUCAAGAUUUGUAGAACUUCUUUCCACUAAUGUACAUGAUUUUGUAGAGGGAAUGUUAUAGCCAAUGUAAAAAUUGAAGAUAAGAAAAAAAUUAUUUCCUGUACUUCUUGAAUACUUAUUUAUUGCAACAUACUCUGUUUGCUGCUUUAUAGCAUUUCAAGUACUGCUUUUCACAUCUAUAUCAUAUGUUAUUUAUUGCCCAACCAGUAGGUGAGCAGACUGCACUGAGUAAGAAUCAGAUGACAUGGCUGCAAGUUAGGGCGUCUUUCCAUGGUUUGUCGCUUGUUCAAAUAACCCCUUCUAGAAAAGUUUUUCGAUAGUGCUGAUCUAUCUGAUUUAUUGUCAGACUGCUGGAGAGACAACUCUAAGGAUUUUCUGCCUAGAAAUUCUUUGAUUAUUAUUAAGAUUAGGUUUUGCUGUAAUGGUAAAUACAAAAAUAAUAGUGGUUUGAACGAGAUAGAAGUAUAUUUCCCUUUCAUGUAAAAGCUCCAGAGAUAGGAAGUCCAGAGCUGUCAUGGCCUUCAGACACCCAGGUCUCUUCCAGCUCUGCCUCACCAUUCCUAGGCAGUGAUUCUCUUUCUCAUCAUGGCCCAAAUAGGCUUCUAGAGAUCCAGCUGUUUCAUCUGAGUUCCGAGCAGCAGAAUCGAGGUAGGGAAAGAAGAAGGGUGAAGAACAGCAAUUGAAGCCAUUUUUUAUGAAGGAAGUUGGGAGUCACUUCGAUGAUUUUGUGACCAAUCUCAUUGAAAAAUCAACGUCAUUAGACAAUGGUGGGUGUGCUCUCACAUCUUUUUCUGUUCUUGAAGGAGAGAAAAACAACUACAGAGCUAAAGAUGUGAGGGCACCUCCAGAAAAAGGAAAGCUUUUUGUUGUAAGGCGGUCUCUCUUAGAUGAGCUGUUUGAGGUGGACCACAUCAGAACGAUUUACCACAUGUUUAUUGCCCUCCUUAUUAUCUUUAUCCUCAGCACACUGGUAGUAGAUUACAUUGAUGAAGGGAGGCUGGUGCUUGAGUUCAGUCUCCUGUCCUAUGCUUUUGGCAAAUUUCCUAUUGUUGUUUGGACCUGGUGGACCAUGUUCCUGUCUACACUUUCAAUUCCCUAUUUCCUCUUUCAACAUUGGGCCAAUGGAUACAGGAAGAGUUCCCACCCAGUGCUCCGUUCUCUCGUCCAUGGCUCUCUUUUCAUGUUCUUCCAGAUUGGAGGUUUAGGUUUUGGACCCACAUAUGUUGUACUGGCAUAUACACUGCCACCAGCUUCCCGGUUCAUUGUUAUACUUGAACAGAUUCGUUUUGUUAUGAAGGCUCAUUCAUUUAUCAGGGAGAAUGUGCCUCGGGUACUGGAUUCAGCUAAGGAGAAAUCAAGCACUGUACCAAUACCCACAGUCAGCCAGUACUUGUACUUCUUGUUUGCACCUACCCUCAUCUACCGUGACAGCUAUCCCAGGACUCCUACUAUAAGAUGGGGUUAUGUUGCUACACAGUUUGCACAGAUUUUUGGUUGCUUUUUUUAUGUGUACUACAUCUUUGAAAGGCUUUGUGCCCCCUUGUUUCGGAAUAUCAAACAGGAGCCCUUCAGCGCUCGUGUCCUGGUCCUGUGUGUGUUUAACUCCAUCUUGCCAGGUGUGCUGAUUCUAUUCCUUACUUUUUUUGCUGUCUUGCAUUGCUGGCUCAAUGCCUUUGCUGAGAUGUUACGCUUUGGUGACAGGAUGUUUUAUAAGGAUUGGUGGAACUCCACAUCAUACUCCAACUAUUACAGGACCUGGAAUGUGGUAGUCCAUGACUGGCUAUAUUACUAUGCUUACAACGACUUCCUUUGGCUUUUCACUAAGAGGUUCAAAUCAGCUGCCAUGUUAGCUGUUUUUGCAGUGUCUGCCAUAGUGCACGAGUACGCCUUGGCUCUUUGUUUGAGCUUUUUCUAUCCAGUGCUCUUCGUGCUGUUCAUGUUCUUUGGAAUGGCUUUCAACUUCAUUGUCAACGAUAGUCGGAAAAGGCCAAUUUGGAAUGUUAUGAUGUGGACUUCCCUUUUCGUGGGUCAUGGAAUUAUUCUAUGCUUUUAUUCUCAAGAGUGGUAUGCACGUCAGCAUUGUCCUCUGAAAAAUCCCACAUUUCUGGAUUAUGUCCGACCACGUUCUUGGACGUGCCAUUAUGUGUUUUAGAAGCUCGGACUUUGUUUCCUUUCCUGUCACUGAAGAUUGAGUAUUCUGCCUGAUUUGGGACCAGCAGCUGUCUCCAGCAGUUACAGAAGUUAUCCGUUAUUUGGACCACUCCAGGCUUUACAGAUAGCUCACUCCAUUCCUAGGUCACACAAAGCUGAGCUUUUGGAAUAUUGUUCACUUUGGCAAGACUUUUUUUUUUCCUUUUGGGAGAAGGGAAACAUAACAGAGGUAAUGACAGAUUUUACUAGGUCAUAUCUGCUCAAGCCUUGGUAAUUAUAUCUGUGUGUCUUUCGUUUCUUAACUCAUAUUUUCUUGUCUACUGAAUUAACCAAAACAUUUAAUGAAGAAAUCAUCUAAGUACGUCUGACUUAGAAUUUCUUUCAUGCACACAGUUGAAAUGUAUGCUAAUAAAAAUGCAAUUGGGAAAGAUAAAAUAAUGCAGAACUAUUGUUGCUAACAUUCUACUAGAAAGAGAAAAUUCCAUGUAUUUUCCAAAGACUAUCUUGUUUAUAUACCCAGUUUUGUAUUUUAAUUUGAAAAAAAAAAAAAAAAAAGUUCAAUUCUCAACUUUUACCAUUUUUUUCUCUAUACAAAAAUAUUUCUUUCUCCUUGAAUUCCAGAGUCUGCAUACCUAAUAUUAUUUACUGAGGGAGCCAGAAGGGGAAAGGGGGAAAAAAAAGCAGCACAAGAGAAAGAAAAACAUUUUCUUUUAUAACUUCCAAAGUAAUUUGUCUAAAGGUGUUCAGAGCCAAUCAUGUAUUAAUUUGUUUAUUGUGAAACUUUUGUGGAAAGUGGUUUUAAAAAAAUGUAAUAACUUCUUUGAAGUUAUUAGAAAUGUUCUUUGGUACAAUUAUGUUAUUGUCUAAUAAAUAUUGACCUAUCUUGAAUUAUUUUGCAGACUAUUUAAUCUGAAAUGUAA